GGUGACAGUUGACAGUGCUUCAUUGCAGUGGACUUUAUCCUCCAAAACGUAUUUAUGGUGCGAGAGAUCCGGCAAUAAUCUGUAACAGUCUGGGCAUUUCAAGACAUCAUUAAUCUUUUUGAUAAAUGUUAUGGUGCGUGCGGGAUGAAAUGUUUAAUUAAUAUUUUUAAUGCGAGAAAAACGAUUUACCGUGGAGACCUGCAAAUAUGGGACUGACUGUUUUAUUAUUGUAUGUAUGUGGAUUAAUAACACCGGCCGUAGUUAUUGCACAAUCCUGUCCGCUACAGUGGCGAGCGUUCGAACAGUCCUGCUACCUCUUCUACAACCAAGACUGGCUCAACUACACCGCCGCCCUGGCCCACUGCUUUUCCUUUGGAUCGGUUCUUGUUUCGGUUAACAGCGUCGCCGAACACAAUUUCAUCGUUCAACACCUGAACAAUCACGCAAUUCAUGGCGACACCUACUACACGAGCGGCGCCGUGGAUCCCUUCAGGGACCCCUGGAGGAUUCAGUGGCAGGGCGACGGAAGUCACGUGAACACGGUCCUUGAGGAUACGCGCUGGCUCUCAAUAGCCGAUGCCAAUCUGUCGCAGCCGAGACUCAUUUACAAAACAAGCGGUUUACGCUACGGAUGGAGUAAGUCCCCAUCCACAGUCAAGAUGCUACUGAUAUGCGAGAUUCCCGUGCUGGAGUCCUACAGGGUCAACCUAGACCAGCGAGACAUCACGUACGGUACCAAUUUCUCGGACGUCCGCGUCGCUCCCCACGGCCCUUUUUUCACCGCUCAACCCCGGAACCUCGUCGUGAUUUCCGACUCGGCUACCAACGCCGAGGGUGACAAGUUCGCCAUAAGCCUCGAGUGCGUCGCCGACAGCAUUCCGCCGCCGGCGUACCGUAUGAUUCAGACGCGGGACGACGGAACCAAGGUCAUCAUAACGUCGGACAACGACUCUCGAUACACGAUGAAUGGAGGUCGACUAGUGAUCCAGAAUCCCGAGGCGAGGCUGGACGCGGGCGUCUAUCAGUGCCAGGCCAGCAAUCAGUUCGGAACCAUCUACAGCGACCUUGGAAAUAUAACAUUCGGGGUACUGGAACAGUUCCCCAACGUGAUAAGAGCGCCAGUGGUGGCCAUGGAGUACCAAAGUGCAGUGAUCGAGUGCUCGCCCCCACAGUUCAGACCAGCCGUUACGUACCAGUGGUACCGCAAAGACAGAUCCGACUUUCUGCGGCCGGACCUCAACCCGCAUAUUUUCAUCUCGAGAAACGGAAAGCUCUACUUCUCGGAAGUGACGCAGACGGACGAAGCGAACUACUUCUGCAUCGUGAAGCUGACUUCCGGCAACGACCCGAUGAGCACCGCGCAGCCGCCGAGCAGAAUCAGCCUCCCAACCUCCCUCCAAAUAAAGAACAGUGUGCCUGCCAUGUGGGGCCCGGUCAUUGCAGAUGGGUUUAUAGCAUCGCAUCCAAAUAAACCGCUUCGUGGCCAGGAUGUUGCACUGGAAUGCUUCGCAUAUGGGACGCUGCCGAUGACGUACUCGUGGUCACGCAAGGAUGCUAGUCUUCCUCAAGGCGCCGCCCUCUCUGAUCACAACCGGAAGUUGGAGCUUUAUGACGUUACGCUGGAGGAUUCUGGGAUAUACUACUGUCACGUGACGAGGACCUCAGGGCAGACAGCGUUAGCGGCCCACAACCUCAUGGUGGAAUCCUCUCCGUACUUUGUGUUCCCCCUCUCUGACCUGCACGUUGACGCCGGUAGCCGCUUCUCCUGGUCGUGUGAGGCGAAGGCGAUCCCCCGGGCCGUAUAUGUGUGGUACAAGGACGGAGAGACGCUUCAUCCGGUGGAGGGUGACAUCGCUGUUCAGGCGAACGUGCUAACCAUAUUUAGAGCUCAUGCGAGCCUGCACGACGGGAUGUACCAGUGUGUGGCUAUUAAUUCGCACGGUAUCGCCCACAGCUCCGCACAGCUUCGUGUCCUAGCGUUCGCACCGACCUUCGUCAAGAAACCGCUGAAACCCAGUACCAGCGCCGCAAUAGGAGGUCACGUAACAAUAGAGUGCUCACCAGAAGCGGCGCCUAAACCGGAAGUCACGUGGACAAGGAAUGGCAUCACGGUGAACGCUGUACCUGACGACGGUAUGUCCCGGGUGCGGUUGCGUGGCAACGGCGGUCUGCAUAUAGCGGAAGUGCAGACGGGCGACGCCGGGCUCUACUGCUGCGUCGUUACCAACGCCCACGGCAGCGACACGAGCUGUGGAGAAUUUAAAGUCGUCCAGAGAACGGUCCUGCUAUCCCCACCUAAUGAUGUCCGCGCUAACGUCAACACUACGGCCACGUUGAAUUGCGAGGCGUCGUUUCCGGUGUCCGCGGACAGCUUGUACGGGUGGAAGUUCAACGGGCGCGAUAUAAAACCGGCCAACUCUAGCCAUUACGUCGUAGGCACGCGCCAGUCCCCAGGCUCCCUCUACGUCAUACAGGCCCAGUACGAGCACAGCGGGUUGUACACCUGCGUCGCACAGACCACGCACGAUUCCGUCAAUGCGUCCGCAUUACUUGCAGUCGAAGGUCCCCCAGGCGCCCCCGCAGGCGUCUAUGUGGGCGCGAUCGUGAACACUUCCGCCACCGUGUACUGGACGGAAGGGGAUCGCCACGGUCGCGACUUGCAAUACCACACCAUUGAGGCGUCAAACGAGCACAACGCCCUCUGGGUCACUGUAGCAUCAUAUAUCCCGGUCGCCUCAUCUAUUGUGCCGGCUACUGAUCGACGUCAUGGCUUUAUUGUUUCGCAUCUGAAGCCGGGAAACAACUACUACUUCCGGGUGAAAGCUAUGAAUGCCUUAGGAGUCGGGGCCGCUAGUCAGCGCUCUAUGACGUAUCGUAUUCCCGCGGCCUCACCACCCAUAUAUCCCCGGAACAUCGGCGGUGGCGGAGGCUCUGUGGGUCUUCUCACCAUCACGUGGGAGCCUCUGCCAUCGGAAGACCAGGGCUCGACGGGUGUCGGGUAUCGGGUGCUGUGGCGACGGGCGAAUACCACCCGAUACAGCGAGGCGAACCUCACCGAUAAUGUAGGGCAGCACGUGGUGACUGUGGGUGUGGACAAUUACUACUUGCUGUACGAGGUCAAGGUCGCAGCCUACAACAACAUGGGACCGGGCCCGAUGUCACCGGACGGCGUGUUCAUCUACUCGGCGGAGGAGAUUGCAAAGGGCGUGGUCACCAAUCUUUACGCUUGGCCUUACAACUCCACUGCCAUCCAGGUCACGUGGGACAUUGUGCCGAAUAUCAGAGAGUUCAUGGGUGGAACCCUCAUGGGCUAUCAGAUCAAUUUCAAAGUGCGCUUCGAUCCGAACGCCGGUUGGGACGCCAUCAGCUGGCGUGGGGAGACAUCGCACGGGGUGGUGAUAGGUCUGACACCGUACACGUGGUACUCAGUGGACAUGCAGGUGCUCAACACGGCGGGGAUGGGGCCGCGAAGCGAGAUGUUCCAUGCCAGGACUUUCAAAGAUGCUCCUAAGCUGUAUCCGGUGGACGUACGCGUGCUACCCCACUCAACCAACAGCGUCCAGGUCACGUGGCGUGGUGUAAUGACGCAGGUGGGCGAGGAGAACAUAGAGGGAUACAAGAUCCUGUACUGGCAGGCGACAGACGACAUCCGGUCCGCCGUCAACGUGAGUACGGGUCGCGCGGACAGUGAGCAGAUAGUGGAUGGCGUGCAGAAGGGCCGAGUAUACCAGCUCCGCGUGUUCGCAUUCAGCCGGGGCGGCGACGGCAGAUACAGCGAGGCCGUCUAUUUCACGCUAGGAGGAAUGGUCGCGUUCGAUCCUUCAUCAUCGGAAAUCCUUGCAGCUGCAGCAACAAUCGUACGUCCAGGACGCUACUUGAACAUCCAAUGUAUUUCAAGUGUCCUUGUUACGGUCAUAUGCUCAUAUUUCACCUCAGUAUUUGUUUUAUAGUCCCAGACUUUUGAUUUUUUGGACACAAGUAAUUUUUUUUUAAACAUUUAAAGUGUGCUCAUCUUUUUUCAUCAGCACGUUAAGCACGAAUGUAGAUUAUCUUUUCUUUAAGAGAAUGUCUAUGUUCAAAUUAACCAUUUAAUGCUAAACUAUUUAAAUAGUUUUAGAACUGCAGAAUGUGUGGUUACAGGAAGGCUUAAUAAUACAUUCGUAAACGACGAUCACUUUACUUGCAACGUACCCUGUAUAACUUAGUAAGUAAUAAUGAGGUAAUGAAAUGGUCAUGGACAUUCUAUGGCUGGAAAUGUUUCUAGAUAAAACAUAAUGUCAAAUCGUUACCUAGCAUGCGUAUUUUUUCUCCACUUUCCAUAGGUAAACUUCUUUAUACUUGCCUUCCAUAAAACAAGUAUAUAACUAUUAGUUGUUCGACUUUUUAAUUCUUGUUUAUGAAUACAAUAUUAGUUUUUGUGUUUUUUUUAUACAGGUCUUUUAAAAGGACUCAUUCCCAAAGUUUAAUGCUUUUAGAAAAUUUUCUUAAAUGUUUUAACGUACAAAAUUGCAUUUUUAAUAAUCAAAACCAAAAUUGUUUUAUAUCAACAAAUAAAAGUUCUUUACGUUUUUACUUUACCCGAUACAUUUGGAUUCAAAAAUAUACGCAGGUAUAAUCUUUCGCUUUCAAGCGAGUAUGUUUAUUGCUAUGUUGGGUUUUCAUGUAUUUUAAGAAUUAUUCAUGAAAAUAUUUAUUUAUGUUAUGUAUUUCGACUGAACCUUGUUCAUAUACAAAACGAGAUUUUCCUAAAUAACGAGAGUUAUUGCGCGUGUAUUAAUACAUACAAUUUAUAUAUUCAGUAUUGUCGUUUUGUCGAGCUGUUAAGAAGUGCCAUAAAAUGUUUGCUAAGGAUUUUGAAAAUCAGGAGUCAAAUUACCCCGAACUUGAAAUGUUCAAGGGUCUAAUUAAAUUUUCAUGGAUCAAAAUACUGAUGUCAGUUCAUAUUUUAUUUCUGUAUAUUUGUUAAAUUGUCUUCAAAAGCUGUUUUGCAUAAUAUUAAGUUACAUACCAUGCAAUAUUAGACAUUUUAGAUAUAUUUUGGCGUUCUUUGUAACAGUUGCAUUAAAAUGAUGCAAUGGAGAUUAAUUUUUGAAGUCAAAGCUGAGAAAAAAAUGUAAUGCUUGCAUCAAAAGGCAGGAUUCUGCGUCAUUGAAAUCCCUGAUUAUUUAUAAUAUGUAUAUACUAUAGUAUAUAAUGUGUUGUAAUAAUCAACAAUAAACGAUGUCAUAUGUACGGAAUCGCAUAUUCAGGUUUAUGUACAUCUUUAUCGUACAUAAUUUGAAUGUUAAUAUAAUUUAUUACUAAUUUUAUUCUUUUAUGCUUGUUUAUAUACAUUCAUUUUGCAUGCUUGCAUUAAAAAUGCAUGUUAUGUUUACAAUCUUUGAUGUAUUCAUGUUUUUAACGCAUCAAAUGUUAGACAAUACCAUUUGAAAUCGACAAAUAGGUAAGUCUUGCCUAGCAAUCAAAGAAAGCUACAUUGACAAAAAUUUGCUACAAUAUGGACACAUGAAUGAUGUGCCCCCAAAAUGUAGAAGUAAUGGUGGAAUAUAUAAUGAGGUACUUAUAAGGCUGUAUAUUCGGAUUUAAGUUCGAAUACGCCAGCGGCAUAUACAUUAUUUUGAAUGUUCAUUAUGCACUGAACCAAUAAAUCUUUUUGGUGAAAUA